UCGGAGCGUCGACUCGUCCUAACUUUGUCGCACCAUAAUAAACACGACGCCUUAGCCCAGCUGAUAGCUCACAGCAUGGGGACGAACUUCACCGAGAGGCCGCCUGUCCUCUAACCGGGAAACGUUACUUUGAACACCGCCGCUGAAAGGAGUUAAACCGCCGAGAGAUCAUGGAGGACCCACAUACACGGUACAGCAAACGCCUGCGUACAGGCACGCGGCGCCGCUACCAGGACGAUGGAAUCUCAGAUGAUGAAAUUGAAGGGAAACGAAUGUUUGACCUGGAUGAAAAGUUGCAGUGCGACAGGUUUCGCUCAGAUUUGGUCAAACACAUGGACGGCAAAGAUUUCACAUUUGAAUACAUCCAGAGGGAAGGGCUCAGGGAACCAAUCAUCUUUAAGACAGCUGAAGGUCUUGGUCUACAAAUGCCAGACCCUGAUUUCAGCGUGAGUGAUGUCAAGCUGUUUGUAGGCAGUCAACGAAUCAUUGAUGUGAUGGACGUGAACACCCAGAAGGGAAUCGAGAUGUCAAUGGCUCAGUGGCGACGUUACUAUGAGACGCCACCAUCAGAAAGAGAAAAACUCUACAAUGUCAUCAGCCUGGAGUUCAGCCACACCAAGCUGGAGAAUCUAGUCAAACGUCCGGCUUCGGUGGACCUUAUUGACUGGGUGGACAACAUGUGGCCACGUCAUCUCAAGGAGAGACAAAGAGACUCCACAAACGCCAUCAUAGACAUGCACUAUCCCAAAGUACAGAAGUAUUGUCUCAUGAGUGUGCAGGGCUGCUUCACAGAUUUCCACAUUGACUUUGGAGGCACUUCAGUCUGGUACCACAUCCUGCGAGGAGGAAAGGUGUUCUGGCUGAUUCCACCCACACCCCAGAACCUGGAGAUGUAUGAGAACUGGGUUUUAUCAGGAAAGCAGGGAGACAUCUUCUUGGGGGACAAGUGUCAUGACUGUCAGAGGAUACAACUCAACCAGGGCAACACCUUCAUAAUCCCAUCAGGGUGGAUCCAUGCUGUGUACACGCCAGAGGACACUUUGGUGUUUGGGGGAAAUUUCCUCCACAGCUUUAACAUCCCGAUGCAGCUCAACAUAUACAGCAUUGAGGAUCGCACACGGGUGCCAGCAAAGUUCCGUUACCCUUUCUACUAUGAGAUGUGCUGGUAUGUCCUGGAGAGAUACCUCUACUGUCUGACAAAGGUCUCCCACCUCACACCUGAGUUCCAAAAAUACUCCCUUGGCAAAGGACUGACACGGGCUGACCUUGGAGCCAACGAUCCUCCUGGGAAUGGCAACUCCAAUGGAGUUGAUACUGAAAAUGCAGAGAUCCCAUUAAAACAACAAAAAGAAGAAGAAGAAGAAGACAGAGCAGCUCAACUUACCACACCAGAGCAUUUGAUGACCCCAUUUGAGCUGGAGGGACUGUGCAACCUCUUGGGGAAACUGGAGGAGUUGCCAGACCACAAAAAGUGCGUCCCUGCAGGCAUCCAGGAUGCUGCAGCCCUGCUCGAGGACAUGAGGGCUGUUCUGAAGGAGCAUUCAAGUGAUAACCCCAAGCUGUCCUACACUGGAGAGCCAAUUGUCAAGUGGCCAAAAAGACCGUCAUGGUACGAGCCCUCCACUCCUCCUCCCCCUGUCAUUUACCGUCCUCGCUUGGCCCCUAACCUCCACAAGCCUCUUGGUCAGCAGCCAAUCAAACGCUUCUCCAUGUCUGCCCUGAGGAGAAGACGGGUGCGGUGCAAGCGCUGUGCCGGCUGCUGCAGAAAAGAGUGCGGAAACUGCCAGUUCUGCCACGACAUGAGGAAGUUCGGUGGGCCUGGACGCAUGAAGAAGGGCUGCCUCACGAGACAGUGUCUAACGCCUGCUUUGCCAAACACAGCUCGAUGUGCCAUAUGUAGAGAAGGUGAAUUAGAUGAGUCGGAUCCGAGCACUGUCUCACUCAUGGAGUGCUCCGUCUGCGCGCAGAUUGCUCAUCGUCAAUGCAUUAAGGAACCUGGUGAGGGAAAGAUCAAUGACGAUUUACCCAGUUGCUGGGAAUGUCCCAAAUGUUGUCAAGGCAAAGGUUCAGGAUCAGAGUCUUCCAGCGAUGAGGAAAGUGGGGAGUCAGAGAGCUCAUCCUCGUUGCCACCAUCCAAGCUUGCAUACCGUGAAGGCAUUGGUGUCAGUGAUGCUGUGAGACGAGGGGAGCGUACCGGACCACAAUCCCGUCCCACAGCACCACCACCUUCUCAAAAACUCUUACUGCAGCAUCAACAGAAUCGCAAAAGAGCGAGUGCACUGGAGCUUAGACUUAAGAAGAAGAUAAAACUGGAGCGUAGCAAACUCUUAGUGAAACAGUCAGCACUAGAUCGUUCUCCUAGGCUGCUGAGCUCCAGGCUGCUGUCCAGGCUGCGCUCUCCAACCAGCAGACUUUCUCAGGGCAGAGGUCUUCACCACGGCUCCCCAGGAAGGACCCAGUCCCUCCUCCAGCAGCAGUCUUCCCUCAGUCCGGUACCUGAGUCUAAGGGAGAGCCCCGCAGAGGGACGGGAAGAGGGGUAAGGCUGCGGGGAGGAGGAGCAGGAAGAGGUUCUGGAGGUGGCAGAGGUCAUGGAGACUUGGAGGAGGAGAGUGAGGACAGCAGCAGCAGCAGCAGCUCCACCAGCAGCAGCAGCAGCAGCAGCAGCAGCAGCGACGAGGAAGAGGAGAGGGAGCAGAACAGUGGGAGGGGAGGGGACAAAGAGAACCAGCCUCAGUCGGGAAGAGGACAAGCAGCCAAAGAAGAAGAGGAAGCAAGCGAGGUGGCCAACGAAAACGGUGCAGAGGUUGAAGAUGAGGAGGAGAUGGAGCAAAACAGUCAAACAGGGGACAAAGAUGGCUCGUAUCUUAAAGUGACACUCCAAAGGCCAACCAAGACCAAGCGGGACCCAUCAGCCAUUGUCCCCAAGCUAGAGGCUAUCGCCCCUCCAGCUGCUACUUCCACAUUACACAAUCAGACUAGACCCCUCGCCAGACCCCCAAUUAGAAUUCACGGCACCUGUCCUGAUCAAUACUCCAGUAGACACACACCCCCACAUACUCGUAGUGGACACACAGACUCUCGCACAUCCCACACAGAGAGGCUGGAGGUCUCUAAAAGACAGAGGCCAAAAAGGCCAGCGAAACUGAGCAAUGGUGCUUCCUGUUCUUCAUCCUCAGAGCUCACCCAUCUCCGCAUCCCUCUGUCAGCCCUGCAGGAGGGUGGGAGUGAGACGGACCGGGAGAGCGGUCUUAGUGGGCCGGGAUGUGAGAGGGAGGUGUGGGUGUCUGUCUUCCGCUACUUAAGUCGAGCAGAUCUCUGCAUCUGCAUGGCUGUCAGCAAGAACUGGUACAAAUGGUGUUUAGACAAGCGGCUCUGGGCGCGGAUUGACCUGAGCAUCAAGCGCACUGUUACUCCUCAGGCCCUAACAGGCAUCAUCAAGAGACAGCCUGUGACGCUCGAUCUGUCCUGGACCAACAUCUCUAAAAAGCAGCUCAACUGGCUUGUUGGACGCCUGCCUGGGCUUAAGGAUCUGAUGGUGGCAGGUUGUUCCUGGUUGUCUAUAUCAGCUCUCUGCUCCUCUGGUUGCCCUCUCCUCCGGUCUCUGGACCUGCGGUACGCAGACGGGGUCAAAGACUCUCAGAUCAGGGAUCUCGUCAGCCCUCCAGGCUGCGACAAUCGCAGUCAGUUGCGGACCAUGCAGUGUUUACGACUAGCAGGCCUGGACAUCACUGACUCCACCCUGCGCCUGGUGAUUCGCCACAUGCCCCAUUUAACCAAACUGGACCUCUCCCACUGCAACAGCCUCAGUGACCACUCCAUCAACCUGCUCACAGCAGUGGGCUCCUCCACCCGGAACACGCUGACAGAACUCAACCUUGGAGGCUGCAGUAAACUGACCGACACGUGUCUAAAGUAUCUCCGCCGCCUCUCAUGCAUCUCACUGCUUGAUCUGCGAGGCUGCGAAGGAGUCUCCCGCAAGGCCUGUGAGGCCUUCAUCUCCGAGCUGUCCGUCAACACGCUCUACUGCCUAUCGGAUGAAAAACUGAUCCAGAGGAUAUCCUAAGCGCCUGCUUCCUCUCCCCGCAGCGCUGAUUUCAGGGGCAAAAGCAGGAGGAGUGGAUCCCGAUGGGAAACUGUGACUCAAAGGACACAGUCAGGCAGCGAUGUUCACGUGCGCCUGUGUCACGUAAAAUAAUUGGUGGAGUCUAAACUGGGAGUGUGAACUCACUUAGCUGGUGUUGGUAAAAGGGGGUGUCGCAGCUAUAACAGUGUUUCUUUUCUACACAUUUUUUCCUGUGUACCUAAAAGAGACUCAGGAGCUUUUUUUUUUACGCUGUUGUUCAUUUGGGAUUAAAUGUUAUGUGGAAAAGCAUGUCUUUCAUUGCCAGGAGUGGGAGAACAAGCAAUUAAUUAGCUACAUAAGACUGCACAAACUGCUCAACUCAUUUUUAGUUUCUCUUUUUGGACAGAUGCCAUGGUAACUCCCAACAUGAACUCCUGCCUUGAGAAAGAAACAUUUGAGUUUCACCCUUAUGGGAUAUAUCUGCAUUGUUCUGUUUGGCUGAUCCCUUUCAAGUCUUAUUUAUCACGUGACACAUGUAAAAUUUUGAUUUCCGCUACAUUUUGAUGCUCCAACUAGAUGGUUAUAUUUUUGUCAGAUUCAAAAGAGCUAACGUUAAGUCGUUGGAUGACUUUCGCUUUCGUGCACAACUCCUACGUGUUGAGAUUUUCUCUAAAUAAAUAUGACUAAAGGUGACAAGUUUUUCACAUCAAGUCUUCUAAAAGUGAGUUACUGGAAUGGCCUGUGUUUACCAGCUGCGUGUUCGGGUUCAUGAGUUGUUUGGGUGAGACAAUAGUUCAGCAGUGUUCUUGAUAAGUGCACAUGGACUUUGAGGGUAAGAAGACUGUGGGCGGUGGACUUGGCAACAAGACUUCACCCCAACAGGGCGAGAUGUAUCAGGUGUACGGGGGUUAAGCCAAGGAUCGGUUGUCGGAUAAAUGGUGCAUUUUCAACCAUUAGACUUCAGGUGCUAUUAUUUCCAGACUCCUCUUGCUUUGUUUUUGUACAGAGACGAUAUUUAGAGCAAAAAUGUUAAUAUUCUUGAUGAAACGACUCCCCACCCCUCUUUGAUACAUGUGUUUCCUUUCAUGGAUGAAAAUACUAUCUACUUUUCAAUGAGUUCAUGACCUCGUCUGAUUCAACACAGAUGUAUGAUGUUCUUUUUUUAUUUUGGUGGAUAGGUGGGUGCUUGCUCAUUACUUUGUUACCUUCAUGUCCAAUGGUUCUGUAUCAACAAUCUCUCCUCCCAGACCUCUCCCCUGUCCAUAUCCCUCCGUUGAAUACGAGUAUAUAAAUAUAUACUUUUGUGUAAA